AUGUCAAUGUUUCGAAAAAGAGAUGUCAUUCCGAAUGUUCACCGAGGGAAAAAUGGCACAAUGACGCUGGGUGUGCGUACGCUGAGAUCUCUCUGCAUUGACGUCAUCCUCGUCUCUUCGAAAGGCAAAAAGUUUCUUGCCGGUCUUCAAUUCAUGUACGAGUCGGGAAUGGUGCCUGACAAGCUCUCGGUGAUGAUGGUGAACGAUCAAAAGUAUCAUCUCCAAUUCUGGAUUCCGAGAGUUGAUAUGCAUCCAUUUACGGUAAUCUUCAAAAGCCUUAACACUCUCCUCAAUGGAAUUGGGCAUUUGAAUGUGUGGGAGAUUGGUGUACUGGAGAUCAUGAAUUGCUCAUUUCAAAGCGAUCACAACACGAUUCUUUCCGAAGCUAUUAAGAAGUUAAAACCAAAAACAUUGAUGUUGAUGAAUUGCGGGUUUUCUCAUUUGACGAUGAGCGAGAGACGGGAUUUCUCGGAUGCUGCAUCGAAUCGCGGAGAUACUGAUGUGAUUUUAAUUGGACACACGUUCUCGAAGAAGCAUUUCUCGUCGACUAGAAAAUGGGCUAAUGUUGCGCUUGAGCCAAUGUCAGACGAAAUCGUCGACGAGAGUCUCAUCCCGCCAAUCAAUGGAACUGAAUUGGCGCCAUUUCCGAGAAAAUUUGACGCUGCUUUGUUGACGGAAUUAGACCCAGAAGAGAUCUCUGCAACAACAUCAACUUUUACCAAAACGAGAAGGGAUCGGAAACGAAUCAGAGUCGAGAAUCAAAAAGAAGAUAUCAAACUAUCCGCUCCAGUCACUCGUCGAAUGCGUUUAUCGAGUCCAAACCAAUCUCAUUCCGUUACUGCAACCCCGGAACCUGAAAUAAACAUUGCAUCAACUUCAAACAGGAAAUCAAAAUCAAGAAAUCAUCGACUUUUUCUAGUGCCGGAGAAUGAAAGCGAUCAAUCUGAAGAUGAAAUGCCAAAUAGUUGUGCUCGGACGACACGUUAUAUUCGAAAACCAACUGGAAAGAAGCUCUUGCUCAAUGGUCCACAAUGUUUCAAAUCUGUUCCUGCAGUUGAUCAACCGAUGACUCGAUCUCGCUCGAAAGCGAUUCACAUUCGAAUGAAGAAAUACCCGGUGCCAACAAUGUCUGAUAGUGACUCCGAGAUGAUCACUCAGUUU